AGAUAUGCAUUUAAGUACAGUGAAAGGAUUUGUUGGUUGUUGCAAAGUUAGGUGUCCUUAGAAAUAUCUAACGGAGAUAAAUUGGACCACAUCCUUGCACAGAAGGGAGAAGAAAGGUGAGGCCCAUUGAGUUCACAAAAACUGAAAAAGACAAACCAGUCUUAAUAUUAAUUUAUUGAGCAAAAGUCCCAAGUGUGCGCGUCAGAAACCAAAGGAAGCUGAAAACUGGAAGUAAUUAUUGGAAGUUCCUCCCCCCUCUUAAACUUCAUCACAUUCACAACUGCAACCAACAACUUAGUCUUUGAUCUGAGUAUGGCUCCUAUGGCCAACCAACAAGGACAUUCUUCUUCUUCUUCUUCUUCUUCUUUCACUCAUGAUCCAUGUACAUAUGAUGUGUUUUUGAGUUUUAGAGGUAAGGAUACACGCACCAAUUUUACAGAUCAUUUGUACAAGGCCUUGUCCGAUAAGGGGAUCUACACCUUCAUUGAUCGUGAGCUUAUAGGAGGACAGAAAAUCUCACCAGCCCUUCUCGAAGCAAUUGAAGAGUCACGGAUUUCUCUCAUUGUAUUCUCUGAAAACUAUGCAUCCUCACGCUGGUGCUUGGACGAACUCGUUGAGAUCCUUCGAUGCAAAAACUCAACGAAACAAAUAGUUUGGCCCAUUUUUUACAAAGUGAAUCCGUCGCAUGUACGGAACCAAACAAAUAGUUUCGGUGAUGCAUUUGCUGACAUGAACUGCAGAUUUAAGGAUAAUACGGAGAAGGUGCUAGGGUGGAGGAGCGCUCUUAGAGAAGCAGCAAGUUUGAAAGGAUAUACUUGCAAGGCGGGAGAGUCUGAAGCUACAUUUAUCAACCACAUCGUUGAAGAGAUUGUAGUCCUAGUGCUGAACCGCACAUAUUUGAAUGUGGCGAAGUACCCAGUUGGAAUUCACUCUUGUGUAAGAGCUGUGGAAAUGCUUUUAUGUGCUGGUGGGAAUGGUCGCCACAUAGUUGGGAUAUGGGGGACAUCUGGAAUAGGCAAGACAACAAUUGCGAAAGCUGUUUAUAAUGCAAUUGCUCAUAAGUUCGAAUGGUGUUGUUUCUUGGGAGAUGUUAGAGAAAAUUCAAUGCAACAUGGAGGCUUAAUCCAACUACAGGAGACUCUUCUUCAAGAGAUUCUAGGUGGCAAAAAGUUGAAAAUUGUUAGUGCUGAUAAAGGUAUCUCUAUUAUACAUAAAUUGCUGAGGCAUAAAAGGAUUCUCUUAAUUCUUGAUGAUGUGAAUCAAUUGGAGCAAUUAGACAACUUGGCUGGAGUUGGUUGGUUCGGUGAGGGUAGUAGAGUCAUCAUAACUACACAAGAUAGCGGAUUGCUAAAAUGUUAUGGAAUUGAGUUGAUAUACGAGGUCCAUAAGUUAUAUGACAACCAAGCUCUUGAGCUUUUCAGUUUGAAUGCCUUUGGAAGAAAUGAACCUCCAAAUGAUUAUUUGGAACUCACAAAACGAGCAAUAGCCUAUGCUCAAGGCCUUCCACUAGCUAUAACACUUUUAGGUUCCCAUCUUCGUAAUAAAGGUAUACAUCGUUGGCAAGCUAUAUUAGAUGGUUAUGAAGGAGAACCUUAUACAGGUAUACAGCAAAUACUGCGAAAAAGUUAUGAUGCAUUAGAUAAUUCAGUGCAACAAGUUUUUCUAGACAUGGCGUGUUUCUUCAAGGGUGAAGAUAAGGACUAUGUGAUGCAAAUACUAAGUUCUAAGCACAAGGCUUCCCAAGAUUGUAUUGAAGUCCUGGUUGAGAAGGCAAUGAUAACUAUUCAAUAUAAUAGGAUUUUGAUGCAUGACUUGCUAGAAAAAUUGGGUAAGGAUAUAGUUCACGAAGAGUGUCCCAUUGAGCCUGGCAAGCGUAGUAGAUUGUGGUUUCAUGGGGAUGUCUACCGUGUUCUAACAGAAAAUAGCGGAACAAAAAAAAUUAAAGGCAUCAUGGUGAAGUUUCCCAAGCCAGAUGAGAUACCCUUGAAUGCAAAAAGCUUCUUCGGGAUGGUAAAUCUUGAAAUUUUCAUAAACUGUAAUGCAAUUCUAUCUGGAUAUGUUGAAUAUCUACCCAACGAGUUGAGGUUCAUUGAUUGGGGUAGAUGCCAGUUACAAUUAUUGCCAUCCAAUUUUCAUGCAAGGCAUCUUGUUGUGUUCAAUAUGCCUUGCAGUGAUAUCAGACAAUUGGAGGGAUUUAAGAAUUUCCCAAAGUUGACAUCUAUAAAUUUAAGUGGUUGUCAAUUCUUAGAAAAAAUGGUUGACUUAUCUGGAAUCCCAAAU